CUGGCCAAUGAGGUGCCGGGGAGGGGCGCGUCCGCUGUGGGAAUUGUGAGAGCGGGAGGCGGCGUGGCAGCAGUCGCGCUCCACGUGUGUGUGGACUCCGGUGCGGUUCCAGCGGCUGCAUCCUCCAGCGCGUCCGAGCUCUCUCGAUCUGUCUCUCUCGAUCUCUUGAUCUCUGUCUCUCUCGAUCUCUGUCUCUCUCGAUCUCUGUCUCUCUCUCUCGGAACGCUCCUCAAGGCCGCCGCCAUGUACAGCGUGGAGGAGCGGGGCAACCCCAACAGCCUGGCGUACCGCCUCUAUUACAAGGAUGCGCAGGGGCAGUACAUCUCUCCCUUCCACGACAUCCCCCUGUGUGCCAGCGAGGAGCCGCAGCAGCCAGUGUUCAACAUGGUGGUGGAGGUGCCUCGGUGGACCAACGCGAAGAUGGAGAUCGCCACAAAGGACCCGCUGAACCCAAUCAAGCAGGACGUGAAGAAGGGAAAGCUUCGCUUUGUCGCCAACGUCUUCCCUCACCACGGAUACAUCUGGAACUACGGCGCCCUCCCGCAGACGUGGGAGGACCCCAGCCACAAGGAUGCGGACACCGGCUGCUGCGGAGACAACGACCCCAUUGACGUGUGCGAGAUCGGCUCCCGGGUGUGCACGCGUGGCGAGGUGGUGCAGGUGAAGGUGCUCGGCUGCCUGGCUCUGAUCGACGAGGGGGAGACCGACUGGAAACUCAUCGCCAUUGACGUCAACGACCCCGACGCCGCCAGCCUGCAUGACAUUGAGGAUGUGCGCCGGCUCAAGCCCGGCUACCUGGAGGCGACGAUCGACUGGUUCCGUCUCUACAAGAUCCCCGAUGGGAAACCCGAGAACGAGUUUGCAUUCGGAGGGCAGUUCAAGAACAAGGAGUUUGCACUCAGGGUCGUGCGCGAGACGCACGCAUUCUGGAAGAGUCUCGUGUCCAGGAAGGACUCCGGGGAACUGUCUUGCUUGAACGUGAGCCAGGGAAGCAGCCCGGGCGUCUGCCCACGGGACGAAGCGGAAGGGAUCGUGCGUGCAGCGCCUGUGCUGGGAGCAGCCGAAGCCAUCCCUGCUGACGUGGACCAGUGGCAUUACCUGCAGCAGUCCAACCACUGCUGAUGACGUCACCUCCUGUCACGUGACACCGGUCGAUGGUGGCGGAAGCUUGGGGCCGUUUGGGGUGGGGGGCUGCUGCCAUGACGGCGUCAUCCCGGGCGCUGGCGCGACAUUAGCGACGCGUACCUCCGUCAUGAUUGAAUUCACGUAGCAAUCCUUACGUAUUGUAGUAACUUAACUCUGGUGGUACUUAGCUGAGAUAGACUACGCACCACACUCUGCUCACUCUGCGCCCCCCCCCCACCACUGUCGUUCCAUCGGUGGGGGGCUGAACAGAGGUGGACGGGGAGGGGUGGUUGGGUUGGGAGGGGGGCGGUUGGGGACCGUGGGGGAUAGGAUGGAGGCAUUUACAGGGCUGCCGUAGCAUGGCUUGUGAGAGGGGGGAGAUGGUCAUGGUGGGGGAGACGGUCAUGGUGGGGGAGACGGUCAUGGUGGGGGAGACGAAUCCCAGGGGGUGCCCCCAGCACUCCCGGGGUCAUUGGCUUCAUGGGGCAGCACACACCCCUACACACCCACCCCUACACACACACCCCUACACACACACCCCUACACACCCACCCCACCCCUACA